CUUAAGGAAUUUCCAACAUGGACUGUUUUAUCUACGGCGGAAAGAUGCUCAUAAAAACGUUUGUUGGAAUGUCAUUUUUGCUCAUUGAGGACGAGAUAUACCUGGCAGGUACUUAAAGAAAGGGAUUGUUUAAACAUUAGCUAAUGCGGAGCGGCUUCACUGUGCCAUGGUCGUAUUUAAACGUUUACUCCUGUUUCUAUUAGUGUUUUGUGUUAAGGGAACUUAUUGCAAGCCAGCUUAUGAUGAGCAAGCCGUAGCACCUGGUGUUUGGUCCAGCCUCUGGGGAUGGGUCUCUUACCUCAACCCUUGGGGCUCGCCUGUCGAUACAAGUGCGUCUCCGCCCAGGCCCGAGCACGAUACCAAUGCUACUCAAAUAAAAAACGCACUGGUAGUUGAAGCACGGCAGUUCACUGCAACGACUAUAUUUGACCAUUCAACAGCUGCACUAAAACCCUCAUCAAAUGAGUCUGUGAAAAAAGAAGACCCAACUACACCCAUCACAUCAGUUCAAAAUGUUCAGAUCUCGACAACAACAGAACAACACUCGUUGGAAGCAUCAUCCAGAGUUAUAACGUCAGGGCAAAACAAUCCAUCAACAUCGGAAAACUCUGCAAUAGACUCGCGGGAACCUAUAACGUUAACAUCUCCCUUAGCAAUGGUUCAGAAUAACCCAACAAAAACGAAGCAAAGUGCGCUAGAACAUUAUACAGAACCAGAUCGAUCAACUACGCGUAUUCCGUUAAACCAGGUCUUUUUGACGACACACGAACCUGCGAUAGACGACCAUGUAGAAUCAAGAUCAUCUACCACACCUAACGUAUUGGAUAAGGGCAACCCGAUAACAAAAGAAGAACCCACGACAGAACAACUUCUAGAACUAGAAGUGUCAACCGCAGCCAUUGCGACAGACCAAAAUACCUCUAAAUUAACAGAAGAGACCAUGACAGAACAAACUUUGGAACUGAACGUGGCAACUAUGGAAUCGGACAACCCGACAACAGAAGAAGAAUCAUUAGAAACUGAAAUGUCGACCUAUGUGACAGCCUUGAGCAACACAACCGUAACAGAAGAACCCGGGGCAGAUUACCCAUUGGAACUAGAAGCUUCAACCACACUGACUGAGACAGACCAUAUUAGCCCGACAUCAACAAAACAACCUGCGACAGAACAACCUGUAGAACCAGAAGUACAACCCGCAUCCCUCGAGCCGGAUACUGAUAACCCGACAACAAUAGAAGAACCAUUGAUAUCUGCAAUGUCGACCGAUUUUGCAGCCCUGAACACUACGAUAGUAACAGAAAAACUCACGACACCCUGUUCCCUGUCGGAACUAGGAGCAUCAACCACACCCAUUGUUAUUUACCAAAAUAUCCCUGAAUUAACAGAAGAACACGCUACAGAUAAGACGUUGGUAUCAAAACUGUUAACCCCAUCCAUUGCGAAGGAGCCGGAUUUCUCGACAUCGAAAGAAGAGCCCGUGACGGAACAAUUUUUAGAACAUGAGGCGUCAAACAACAUAAUGUCAGUCCUGAACAACCCAAGUACAAACGCACUCACGGCAGAUGACCCGUUGGUAUCAGUAACGUUAACCAAAGGCCAGACAUAUCAGAAUGAUACUAUAAUUACGAAAGAAACCGCAACAGAGACUACAAUAUCCACACAAGUAGGCGGAGUAUUGAGUUUAAAACUGUACGAAACGUCUAUUCCGACUGAGCCUGUGACGGAUCUGUAUCCAGGAGUUGCAGAAUUAGAAAACAUUGAAGAGUCUAUAAAAACAAGCGAAGCGUUGUCCGGUAUGGACAAAGCGUCUUUUUUGGCUGAACCUGUCACGGAUUCGUACCCAGAUGUCGCCAUUGCAGUAUCAAGUAGAGACGAAGUGUCUACUGAAAGAAGCGAAGGGUCGACGCUGGCUGAAACUGUCACAGAUUUAUUCCCAGAUGGCCGUACGGUAUUAGGAAGAGACGAAAUAUUCACAGCAGAAAGUAAAGCAUCAAUACUGACCGAUAUUGCGACGGAUCCAUACAAACAACUAGAAGAAGUAUCAAUUUCAACCGAUCCAGCCUCGAUGCAGUCUUUACAAGUAGAAAAGGCGUUAUCCACACGUAUAAUGGAAGUGUCCACGAACGUAAAUGCCUCGAUCCCAGCUGUAAAUGAAGUUGAAGCAAUGUUCACAGAACGAGAUGAACCUGCCGCACCACGAGUGUCGAGAUCACACAGUGCUGGAUAUCGACUCAGUUUUAAUCAACUUCCUUUCAUGUUUUUAUUUUACGCUGUAUAUUUUUUGAAAGCUUAAUUUUAGUAUGAAAAUUUAUGGAACCCUCAUAAGUCCGAUGAUCAAAAAUAUGACAAAGUACGAUAUGAUCUAUUUAUAUCUUAAUACCACAUAUGUAUAUAUUUAGAGUUGAAUGAUAAAUAAGUUGUUAUCAGUCUAUUUUUAGAGGUAUUUCCAAAUUUUCUAUGUCACUUGUCUUAAACUCAUAAACCAAGUUAUUUUUGGUGGAAAUGUCUAUUUUAGUUGCCCUUAUCAUAUCAAAAUCAUAUACAUAUCUUAUAUCUUUAAUGUCAACUUCUUAGAUAUAUAUUUAUAGAUAUUUUGCACGUGAUUUAAUCUUGCCUCUUGGUAGAUGGUCUUUAUUUGUGCUGUUAAAAUUUGUAUAAAGUUUAAGUAAACUAACUACUAUCUAUUUCCCUUUAGACGCCAACUAUAUCUCGCACUAAAUAUUCUGUGUAAGCCCUGACUGUAUAAAAGAUUUUUCACAAAAAAGCGCACGUUUCUCAAUUGAAUAA